AUGCCGACGCCAACAAGAGGCAGGCCAGCUUCAAAACUUGAUGACUGGCGCUGCAUUGUGCACGCCUGUGUCAGAGAGUUGCCGCCGCAGUACUGGCUGACGAAGUCAGUAAUCGCUGCCGGUGUAUCUCCGCUCAUCUUCUCCCUCAAUUAUCCCAGCGGAGGAAAUUCAUGGAUUAUAAUUGAUCACGCAGAGCUCAUCGACGAGCAAGCAGACUACAUUCCUCCCCGCUAUGUUCUGGGAUUCAAGAAAGUAAACGAGUUUUUUUUGCUGCAGGGGGUGAGGCCGUUCGUGGAGCUUGCGCCGGCGGUGGUGUGCUCUCUGGACUUCAAUGACUCGCUAGAGGAUACGUCCUUCACCGCUUACCCAUGGACGACGUUGAUGCUGUUCGAGCCAUUGGGGGUGGCCAUGCUGAUGACCAUGGGGAAGGCGGGCGGCGGUGGUGUCGUGGGAUCGGCCUGGUCGCGCUUCGUCUUCAGCAUGUCCGACAACGCGCUCAAGCCGUGGUAUCUGUCCACCACGCCGGCGGCGCCCGUGGCGGGACCGUGCUCCAUGGUGGCCUCUUCAAGUCCUUCCUUCGUCGGCGUGUCCCCGCUCACUGCACACUCCUUCUCAUUCGCCUCACCAGCCGCGCGCUCCAUUCCGCAGCCCGUCCAGCAGCACCGAGGUAGACCCAUGGGGCCGACACCGUCCGUCGCCAAGGGACACAAGGCUCCUUCUCCUGCUCCUAUAUUGACGCUGCCACCACUGCCGCAACAAUUCCUGAGGACGCCGUGGUCGUCGUUCCUGCAGUCCCCGUUCAUGUUCCGGAAGGACGGGCAGUCUAGCCAUGGGGAGCGGGAGCGCGAGUCCUUCAUGUUGUUCCUAGGCUUCUGCCGCCGGCCCUACGCACCCAUCGUCGACGAAAAGUUCUUGCUCCCUACGCAACCAUUGUCGAUGAAAAGCUCUGUGAAUUUCCGUGGUAGCAAACUAGUAGCAGCAACAAUUUGCCUAUAA